CCUCAUGCGCCCUUCGUUAUGAAUGUAAACAAACAUAAAUUCGUACAUGUGUUGCGAUGCUUUAACUUUUGUUUCUUAAUUAAUUCAUCAUGCAAAAUAUAUCUGCUGAAAAAUAAUCUGCUUUUUUAAGCAAUAUACGUGGAAGAACUUGAGCCAUUUUUCAUCACUUAUAACGAAUGAAAAGUUCUAAAGAAAACCUGCCUGAAUGUGCCAUAUUGAUGACAGUGAUCACAUUGUCAACGGUUCCACCAUGGAAGUUAUCCAGACUUACCCAUUUUUAAAGUCAUUUUUGGCUGGCUCUGUCAGUGGAACAUGCUCAACACUUCUUUUCCAACCUCUAGAUCUAAUUAAAACCAGACUUCAGAAUUCUUCAAAAAAUGGGGCAAACAGACAUGGUAUAUACCAUUUAGUUGUGCAAGUUUUGAAAAAUGAGAAGAUGAUAGGGUUAUGGCGUGGUACACUACCUUCCGUCAUGAGGUGUGUACCUGGUGUUGGAAUGUAUUUUAGUUCCUUGCAUUGGCUGCAAACAAAUUACGGUUCUAAAGACCCUUCCCCUAUUGAAUCGAUUUGCUUUGGAGUUCUUGCUAGAUCAUUUGCUGGGGCUACUUUGUUGCCUGUGACAGUUCUCAAAACAAGAUAUGAGAGUGGAGUAUAUGCCUACAAUAGCUUAUCUGAAGCCUUAUGUAAAAUUUAUCGAUUAGAAGGAAGAAAAGGUCUUUUCUCGGGUUUAGUUCCUACUCUCCUCAGAGACGCCCCCUUUUCAGGAAUUUAUUUAAUGUUCUAUACACAAACCAAAAAAAUGGUGCCUUCAUCUGUUCGUGAGAAUGUUUUAAAUGCGCCAAUCAAUUUCAGCUGUGGGGUUGUAGCAGGAAUAUUUGCUUCAGCCAUAACUCAGCCUGCUGAUGUGAUAAAAACUAAAAUGCAACUCUAUCCCCAAAAAUACAAUACUGUUCCAGUAGCUGUUACUUUAGUUUUCAAGGAUAAUGGCAUUAGAGGCUUUUUUAUUGGAAUGGUACCUAGGGUAGUAAGACGAACCCUUAUGGCAGCCAUGGCAUGGACUGUCUAUGAGCAGGUCAUAAAGUAUGCAGGAUUAAAAUGAGUUAUACAAGUUAGAUGCUUGAUGAUAAAACUUCUGUUGGAAACAGUGCAGAUUAUUAGCCCGGCAGCAGCUGCUGCUAUUGUUCCUAAAAAGAAAGUUCAUCAAUUUUCUUGUUGGUUCAGAACCAAAUCCUUGUUGCUGUGUUUUGUAAAUGAAUAUUUUUUAUCCAGAUAUUUGGAUAUGCUAGUGUAACUAUAUUGUAAGAAUCAGAUUCUGUAUAUGCUAAUAAAAGGCUGUAUGUUUUUAAUUAGCCAAAUACAAGAGAAGAGUUGAUGUGCAACCAUUACAAUUUUUUUUAAUGAAACUGAUAUUGAAAUUAUAUUAAACUGAAAACUGAUAUUAAAUUAUAAUCUUUUGUUUUACAUCUAAGGAAAUCUUUUUUUUUAGCCAAAUAAUCCAUUUUCGAUCAAUUAAAUUUUCCGUAUUUAUGUUUCUGUCUUAUCAAAGAUUAGAUGAAGAAUUAUGCACUUCAGUAUCAGAGUUUAUAGAUAUUUUACUUUCAUUGCCACCGAAGAAAAUGUUUUGCAUUAAUAAAGCAAAUAUAUAUAUAUUUUAUAGAAAAUUAACAAAAUCUAGUCACUAUUUCAAAAGUGUAUUUUUAAUAUUCUAAAGAAUUAAAAUGAUCGAUAUAUUUUACAGAUAUUUUUUUAAUUCUCCAUUUCUUUAUAAUCAUUGCUUUCAAUGAAGAAAGGAAUUAAUUCCAAAUUUUAUUUGGAUGCUAUUAUAUUAUAUGGAACUGAUUCCAUAUAAUGCAUUCUGAAAUAUAGCUAUUUUUAUAAAGUAUUACAAAAACUUAUCAUUGUAUUUUUUUGAAGUUAAGUAUUAAGUUGUAUCAUUUGUGAAAUCUCAAGAAUAAUGUGAAUAUAUAUUGUUAACUUUAUUAUUUAUUCUCUUAAUAACAACGUCCAAAUAAUAAAUGAAAUAUGGAAUAUUUUUGGAAUGAAUUCCUUUCUUCUUUUGUAUUCAUUAAUUUUGUAGUUGAGUUGCUAGUGAAUACUUAGCAUAAGUUAAUUCUAAAAUAUUCCAGCAUAAGUUAAAAAAAAUUUUUGCCUUGUUAUAUUAUGUCUUCACAUAAAUACAAAUAAUUAUUUCACAAGAAUGGAUGAAAAUAUUGUAUUGCAAGUAUGUAUUGAAUUCUUGUGUUACAUUUUGUUAUUGUGCAUUAAAAAAGAACAUUGAAAAUGUGGAAUGAAAUGCAUUUAAAAUAUUUUAUGAUUUCUACUUUUCUUUGAAAACAUCUUGUGAUAUAAUAUUCCAUUCCAAUUCUUGUAAUCAAAAAUAAUUAACAGCUCUGAUAAAUAUGUCUCACUCGUUAUUGCUUCAAAAGUAAUUAUUCUUCAGAUGAAUUAUAGUGUAUUGUUAUAAAAAAAAAGUAAAAUCCUCAAAAUGUUAUAUAACUGUAUAUUUUUAUGACUGUUUAUAUAUUUAUUG